AUGCAGACCAGGAAGAAAUACAUUUUCCUGACUUUCCUUGCCUCUUGGCUCCUGCUUUUCUUCUUCGGAGGAGACCAGCUGCGCCGUUUCGCUUUCUUUUCCGGGAGGAAAGCCGAAGCCCAGAGGAACUGGCCCCACUGGACGGAUCGGUCCCUCCUCAAAAGCUUUGCAAACCCCGAGGAGCUCCAGAGCGAUGGGGACCCCUCGCUGCCAUCACCUCGGGAGCGGCGGGCGGCACGGCUGAGCGUCUACAAGAACAGCAGAUGCCGGAUGGAAACCUGCUUCGACUUCUCCAGGUGCGAGAAGCACGGCUUCAAAGUCUUCACCUACCCUCGGGAGAAGGACCAGCCCCUCUCGGAGAGUUACAGCAAAAUCCUCACCUCCAUCGAACGGUCUCGCUACUACACCCCGAACCCUGAGGAAGCUUGUCUCUUCAUCCUCAGCAUCGACACACUGGACCGCGACCAUCUCUCGGGUCAGUACGUCCGUAACGUCGAUGAGAAAAUCCGCGGCUUCCCGCUCUGGAAUGGCGGCCGUAACCAUCUCAUCUUCAACCUCUACUCGGGCACGUGGCCCAAUUACACCGAGGACCUGGGCUUUGACAUCGGCCAGGCCAUCCUGGCCAAAGCCAGCUUCUACACCGAGAGCUUCAGGCCCGGCUUUGACAUCUCCAUCCCUCUCUUCUCCAAGGACCACCCGCAGCGCGGCGGGGAGAGGGGGUGGUUGUAUCAGGACUCGAUCCCCCCCAAAAAGAAAUACUUGUUGGUGUUCAAGGGGAAGCGGUACCUGACCGGCAUCGGCUCCGGCACCAGGAACGCGCUGCACCACAUCCACAACGGGAAGGACAUCAUCUCGCUCACCACCUGCAAGCACGGCAAGGACUGGGAGAAGCACAAGGACACGCGCUGCGACAAGGAUAACGUCGACUACGAAAAGUGA